AUGUGACGCUGACAACACCGUCAGGGAUACGUGGCCCGUGGUUUUAUGCGAUUGAUGUGUGUUGUUUAUAUUUUUUAUUAUCGAAUUUCACCAAAAAAUUGAAAAGAAGCCAUUGCUACGCUUCAUUCAUAAUGAUGAAUCCACAGUAUCUGCCACCAGGGCAGAAUAAUAAUGCACCAAAUAAUCCACUUGGCUUCCCACCAACAUCUCAAGACUAUAAUGGUGUCCAAAAUGCUAACAUUUAUAGCCAAAUGCCACCCAAUGGACCUCAGAUGGAUAUGUCUCAAAAGAUACAGAACCUAAACAUUAAUGGACCACAAGGCCAAUCCAAUAUCCCCACAUCUCAAUUACCACCUGGUCAAUUUCCUCCUUCAAACUUCCCACCAACAUCCAACUUCAGUGGUCAAUUGCCACCUGGUAUGAAGCCCUUAGGUCAGCCAAGUAGACCUCCAGUAAGCAGUGCUCCACAGCAAUUUCCACCAUCAAUGAACCAAACUGUGCCUCAUUCCUCUGCACCAGGACAAGUACCCCAGCCGCAAAAUUAUGGUCAGCCUCCAAUGCAGCAGGUUCCACCUAACUCUCAACCCCAAGGACCACAGAGUUCUCAGCUUGGCCCCCCACCUUCCAUGGCAAGGGGUGGACAACCACAAAUGUCUGGACCUCCCCAAGCAGGCUUCCAAGGUCCGCCACCUUCUAGCCAACCUGGUUCGCAACCUCAACAAAUGCGAGGUGCACCUCAACCUGGAAUGCAACAACCUAAUUUAUCUGGACCUGGCUUUCCACCAAAUUGCGGGCCACAAACUGGAACUGGUGGUCCACCACAGCAAGGACAAAUGUCAGGCUUACCUCCACAACCAAUGCCUGGACAGGGAACUCCAACGAGUCAACCUAGCUUUUCACAGUCUGGUUUAACAUCUAGUCAUACUGGAUUGCCUCCUCAACCUAACAUGACUCAAUCAAAAUUACCUCAGCCAGGUCCACCUGGUUCGCAAGGUGGCAUGCCACAACAACCAGGUGACAUACUAAGUCAAUCUGGACCACCCGGUAUUUCACAACAACCAAUUGUAAGUCAACCCGUUCUAUCAUCACAACCCGGUAUGCACUCUCAACCUAGAAUACCACAACAUCCUGGAAUGCAACCACAAUCUGGAAUUCAACCACAACCUGGAAUGCAACCACAUCCUGGAAUGCAACCACAGCCUGGAAUGCAACAACAACCUGGUAUGCCACCCCAACCUGGUAUGGGAUCGCAAUUUGGCAUGCCACCUCAACCUGGCAUGCCAUCACAACCUGGAAUGCCCUCUCAGCCUGGAAUGGCACCUCAACCGGGAAAGCCACCACAACCUGGUAUGCCACCACAACCUGGCAUGCCACCGCAACCUGGCAUGCCGCAGCAACCUGGUAUGCCAUCACAUCUUGGUAUGCCACCUCAACCAGGUAUGCAAACACAACCUGGUAUGCCAUUGCAACCUGGCUUGCCACAGCAACCUGGUAUGCCGCCACAGCCAGGUAUGCCACCGCAACUUGGUAUGCCACCACAGCCUGGCUUGCCACCGCAACCUGGUAUGCAACCGCAGCCUGGCAUGCCCCCGCAACCGGGAAUGCCUCCACAACCAUCUUCACAAUAUAAUCAGUACCAAACGAUGCCCGGCUUACCACAUAUGCCGCCACCACUAAGUCAGCAGAGACAGUUCCCGGCAGCCCCUGGAACUCAGCCUGGAUAUAAUGCUCAAUAUUCUGGGAUGCCACCAAUACCACCGCAACAACAGCAAAUGGGCGCGCAAGGCUACCCGCCUUUCCCAGGCCAACAACCAAGCUACAACCCGCAAUAUCAGCAACCGCCGCAGAAGCGCCUGGACCCUGACCAGAUGCCUAGCCCAAUCCAAGUUAUGGCAGAUGAUCAGCAAAAUCGUGGAGGAGUUUUCGUCACCAAUGAGAAGGGGCUCGUCCCGCCCUUGGUCACGACGGACUUUGUUGUUGACGAUAAGGGCAAUGCCAGUCCAAGAUACAUAAGGAGUUCAAUGUACAGUGUGCCCGUCACCGCUGAUCUCUUGAAACAGACAUCAAUGCCGUUCUGUCUAGUUAUAUCACCAAUGGCCGAGACAGUAGGUACGGAACAAGAGCCCCCUGUACUCGACUUUGCAGCACUGACCGGUUCUCCCAACAUGGGGCCAGUCCGUUGCAGUCGGUGCAAAGCCUACAUGUGUCCGAAUAUGAAGUUUAUAGAUGCUGGUAGACAUUUCAAAUGUGCUUUCUGUAAAGCCACAACAGAAGUGCCCAUGGAGUACACGCAGUACAUCAACAGCAUGCAGCAGUACGGCCGCGUGCCGGCCGAGAUGGCGCUCGGGGCCUACGAGAUCGUCGCCACCAAGGAGUACUGCAGGAAUAACACCUUACCAAAUCCUCCAGCGGUGGUGUUUGUUAUAGAUGUCUCAUACAACGCUAUCAAAAAUGGCUUAGUACAGACGAUUUGUGAUAAUGUUUUGGACAUUAUUGAGGCGAUGCCCAAGGACGAACAGACAGGCAAGAGUUGGACUCGUGUGGGUUUCAUAACAUACAGCACAACUGUGCACUUUUAUAAUAUUAAGGGCACACUGGCUCAGCCACAAAUGCUGUCAGUGGGUGACGUAGGGGACAUGUUCGUACCCCUUCUAGAAGGAUUCCUCGAGAGGCCAGAAGACAGCGGUCCAGUCCUGCAAGCUCUUCUGCAACAGUUGCCAGUCAUGUUCGAAAACAAUAAAGAAACCGAGACGAUACUACUACCAGCCGUGCAGGCAGGUUUAGAGGCUCUCAAAGCAGCUGACACAUCCGGUCAACUUCUAGUGUUCCACACAAGUCUUCCAACUUUCAAUGCUCCGGGGAAACUCAUCAAUAGAGAAGAUAGGAAACUGCUCGGUACAGAUAAGGAGAAACAGAUAUUAUCGCCGCAGACGACGGCGUACAACGAGCUGGGCCAGGCGUGCUCCGCGGCCGGCGUGUGCGUGCAGCUCUACGUGUGCAACAACUCGUACGUGGACGCCGCCACGCUGGGGCAGCUGCCCAGGCUCACCGGGGGGCAGCUGCACAAGUACACGUACUUCACGGCCGACACGGACGGCGCGCGGCUGGCGUGGGACGUGCGGCGCGCCGUGACGCGCGCGUGCGCGCACGACGCCGUCAUGCGCGUGCGCACGUCCACCGGCGUGCGCGCCACCGACUUCUUCGGGCACUUCUUCAUGUCCAACACCACGGACGUCGAGCUCGCUGCGAUCGACUCCGACAAGGCGGUGGGCGUGGAGGUAAAGCACGACGACAAGCUGACGGGCGAGGAGGGCGUGUUCGUGCAGGCCGCGCUGCUCUACACGCACCGCAGCGGCCAGCGCCGCCUGCGCGUGCUCAACCUGGCGCUGGCGCUGGCGCAGCAGCUCGCCGACGUGUACCGCUCCGCCGACCUGGACACGUGCGUCAACUUCCUCACCAAGCAGGCCGUGUGGGCGCUGCGCGAGGCGGGCCCGCGCGCCGUGCGCGAGGGGCUGACGGCCCGCUGCGCCCGCUCGCUGGCCGCCUACCGCCGCCACUGCGCCUCGCCCUCCUCCGCCGGCCAGCUCGUGCUGCCCGAGUCCAUGAAGCUGCUGCCGCUCUACACCAGCUGCGUGCUGCGCUCCGACGCCGUGGCGGGAGGGCCCGACAUCACGUGCGACGACCGCUCGUGCGCCAUGUACCGCGCGCUGACGGCCGACGUGUCGCAGUCGCUGGCCUACACGUACCCGCGCCUGCUGCCGCUGCACGCGCUGCCCGCCGCGCCGGCGCAGCCGCUGCGCGCCUCCAUCGACAAGAUGACGGCCCAGGGCGUCUACCUGCUCGAGAACGGAGUGCAUAUGCUCAUCUGGGUCGGGUCGCAGGCGCCCGCGGACUUCGUCCGGGACGUGUUCGGCGCCAGCUCCCCGCAGCACGUGGAGGCGCACGUGUGCGAGCUGCCCGAGCUGGACACGCCGGCCGGCCGCGCCGUGCGCGAGCUCGUGGCCGCCGCGCGCCGCCAGCGCCGCAGCGCCAUGCGGCUGUCGCUCGUGCGCGGCGGGCAGGCGGAGACGGAGUUCCGCCGGCUGCUGGUCGAGGACCGCGGGGUCGAUGGCUCGGACUCCUACGUCGAAUUUCUGAUGGCCACGCACAAGACUGUGCAGAAGUUGCUGUAGUUAACGGUUAUGCGUCAACACGACAAACUGGAGACGGUGCUACGUCACUUCCUGGUGGAGGACCGCGGCGUGGACGGCAGCACCUCCUACGUGGACUACCUGUGCCACAUACACAAGGAGAUCAGGUCGCUGCUAUAGCACGACUGACUCGAGACCACAAUGUUUAACGACUUUUAUACGCGCUUCCUUCAACUCCUUACAGAUAUAUAGGCUGGUCGGCCGGACCAACGCGAGGUCAUGUAUUAAGGGAUUCAUUUGAGCUAUUUGCCAACGUUAUGGUAAGUGAUAUAAUUAUUAUCAUGUAACGCGUGCGAAUAAAGCAAAGAUUUAUAAAUGGCGGACAGUACUUAUCCGGUCAGGACGGCUAGCAAAAUGUGUAAUAUUAUUUAUUUGUAACCUAUAUUGAUUAUGCAAUGAGAUUAUUAUAAUGGUGCUUGUUUUGACGCUAUUGAAUUAGGUUAUGUAAAUAAAUCAAAUUUAUUAAUUAUAAUUAUGAUACAGUAAUAAUGUCUUUUAUUUCGAAUAAAUAUUUUAAAUUAAAAUUGAUUUGUGUUUAUGAACUGUUUUUCUAACCGUACGGAGUACAACAGAGAUGGAUAUAGUAUUCGAGGGAAAUGGCAUGGGGUCUGCCACCAUUGAUAAAACUUUUCUCUAUUAGCACGGGUGAGACCUUACGUAACGACGUCACCUAAUUUGUUAAGUCCCUUGUUCGUGUACACUCGCUCACUUAAAAUUAUCUACGGCCAGGAAUGGAUUGUAUUGGCAAACCUUAAUUGCGGUAAUAUAUGCAAAAAGACUGGAUCAAAUAUUCUAUAAUAGAGAUUUAGUUUGUGUUGUGAUGUGCACUGUGUGUGUCCGCGAGGAGCAUCAACGCGCCUAUAAUGUGUUCUCGGUUGUAAUAGAAAUCGUUUUAUGUAACAAUGAAUGUGAUUUUACAAUUGAUUUUUGUGUAUAGAGGCGUAAAUAAAUCGUUUGUCUGUCCUUUUCUAGCUUAUAAAGUUAGAUUGUGAUAGAUAUUUUGUUUUUUUUUUUUUGUUUACGAAUAAAUCACUCCGAUGUAACGUUCAAAUAUUUGUUACAGUUUAAAAAUACAAGGUCAUAAUAACAUUACAGUAUUUUUUUUUACAAUCGCAAUACAAUCGUUUUUGUAAUUAUUAUCUAGAUUUUAACAUUGAUUUUAUAUAAAAAUUUUAUUUGAAAUUACAACUGAUACAUUGAUUAAAAUCGACUUCAACUCUCAUUAAAAGUAUUAUCGUGGAGCCUGCCUGUUAUCUGUAACGCCGUUUUGUAAACAGAUUGCCAAAAGAUAAGAUAAAUUUAUAAUAGUUUAAAGUUCCAAGUGUACUUUUAGCGUAUUUAUAAAGUCGUUAAACAUUGAUAACACGUCAUCGUGUCGAAACUUAACUUGUUAUAAUAAUUCCGUAUUGUGUGAAGAUCUUAUUGCGUGAGUUAUAUUUAUGUGGAGAAUAUAUUAUAUUAUUUUAUAUUAUGUACGUUGAGGUAAAUUUGUUAUACGGGCUGUUGAUAAAAUUCAUUAUAUUAGUGUUAGGCUGUAAGUUCGUCUAGUCUCCAGUUUUUGAAACGCUGAUUCGAUUGUCUCGUCUUUUCUCUGAACGGUGAUUGGUUGAUAUCUACCGAUGAGACAAUAAGCGACCAAUGAGCGUUCAGUAUUUUUUUUUUUAUAUUCAUAGCUUAAGAAACUGGUGAUAAAUAUUUCAUAAACAUUUUAAACUUUAUAGUGAGGUGAUACUUUAAACAAAGCAGUAAGCUUUAUUUACGUAAUGACCUUAUUUACAAACUAAUAGUUAGUUUCAUGUAAGUACGUGUGGAUGAAAUCUUACAGUUGAAUUAAAACCAAUUCAACUCUAACGAUAUUGAGGAUACAUUUAUAGAUCUUUUUGGUACUGGUGACAAAACAAUACACUAAUUUAGUAAUUAAAAUAGGAUUGUGUGAAGCUUUUAAUAUCGAUAACAAUAUUUAAAACAUAAUUAAAGCUAUAACUUAAAUGUAAUAUAUUUUAUUAAUAGCCUCUGUAAUUAUAAGGACCUAAUGUUAAAAUUAUACAUGGAUUGAAUAAUUUUGAACUUCAAUAUACAUUAUCUAGAAUAAAUAUAUAUCAAAUAUUUGCAAGUGUCAAAUUAUCUAAGAACAAUAAACAAUGUGAAUGAAGCAGUUGGUUAUGAAAUUUCGAACUGUUUGAACGACCAAGAUGUUAUAAGAUUAUAUAGGAAACUUAAUUUAUAUAAUAUUUUUCUAUUAUAAUAAUUUUAUUCUGACUAAAUUUCCUUCGUCAUAAGUAUUGUCACACUGCUAUAGUUAUAUGUUAUUUUGAAAAUUAUGUAUCGCUGUUUAUUUUAUUGUUCUACGCAAUAAGUAUAUAAAGAUUAGUCCGUUAGUAUGUAUGUAUACUUAGUCUUAAUUAUAUAGUUAACUGAUUUGAUUGUAACGGAGUGUAAAUAAAUAUAUUGGCAUUAUUGA